CUAAAGCACCCAGUGCGCUGGAACGGUUGACCCCCCAGAUCCCGUUGAUUCAGCCUCACCCCGACGGCGCGCAAUGAAGGUUCUCGUCGUGGGCGGCACGGGAUAUCUCGGCCAGCUCCUCGUGAAAGCGCUCACGGCUCUGGGAAACGCGGAGGCUGAUGAUCGCGUCGCUCGCGAUCAUGACGUGGCGCUGACGUUCUGCUCCUCCCCGCCAAGUGCGGAUCAGCUAGCCGCGCUCGGCGGGCCGCGCGCGUUCCGCGUGGAUCUAAUAAACGGGGAUGGGCUGGCAGCGUGCAUUGAGGAAUUCGGACUGCCUGACGUGGUGGUGAAUUGUGCCGCCAUGUCCGUGCCCCGGCAGUGCGAGAGCGACCCCGCCCUCGCCAUGCGGAUCAACGUGCCCUCGGCGCUCAUUGCCGCGCUCACUGAUGCUGCGAGCAGGCGAGCAGGGAGCAGUGGAGAUGCGGAUGGGGAGCAACAGCUUCCGCUGCUGAUCCAUCUCUCCACGGACCAAGUCUAUGAGGGCACGAAGUCGUUCUACAAGGAGAGCGACCCCCUCGUCCCUGUGAACACGUACGGCAAGUCCAAGGUAGCAGGGGAGCAGGCGGUGCGGGAGCAGUGGGCGGGCAGCCACGCCAUUCUGCGCAGCAGCAUCAUUGUGGGGCCGCCUCCGCCCGUGCCUCUGAAGAAGACCCUGCCUCUGCAGUGGAUAGACUCAGCACUCUCCUCCUCCCUGGCGUCAGGCCAGCCCGAGUCCUUCUUUGACGACGAGUACCGCUGCCCCAUCUACGUGCACGACUACCCACGCAUCGUCAGGGCCCUCAUGGAUCGACAUGCCUUAGCAGGCCAUCGAUUCGCCCUCACUCUGAACGCAGGGGGGCCAGACCGGCUCUCUAGAGCCGACAUGGCAGCAGUGGUGGCCAGAAUCAGGGGGUACCUCCUCCCCGGUGCCUCCUCCACUGGUCCUUCCGCUGCUGCUGCUGGUGCAGCUGCCAGCGGCAGUGGCAGUGCCAUUGUGAGGACGUGUGUGAGCAGGGAGGGCGAUCUCAUCACCAGAGCACCUGCUGCCUCUAUGGCCAACCGGGGAGUGGCGAGUCCAGCGGACAUCUCCAUGGACACCCAGCUCAUUCAGCACGAGCUCUCACCCUCCCUCACUCCCUUCACACAUGCCAACCGGGGCGUGGCAAGUCCAGCGGACAUCUCCAUGGACACCCAGCUCAUUCAGCACGAGCUCUUGCUCGCCCUCACUCCAUUUGAAGACGCUGUCAGACUCACCUUAUCUGCUCCGCGCUGAUACGUUCUUCGGAUUCGUUCUUAAGACAAGACAAGACUCUGCCACUCUCACCUUGGAGUCAGGAGAUGUCUGUCUGGCUCACCUUCACUGUUCCGCACUCAUACCUAUGCACUUACAAUGAUUCCUUCUUAUGAUAAGCCUCAAGACAAGGCUCGACCCUGCCAGGCUCACCCUGGAGUGUGGAGACCCCUCAACGCUCAACCUUUGAAGAAGCUGUCUGCCAGGCCCAUCUUCACUGCUCCACACUGAUGUGCUCUGCUUCUGCAGAUGCCUGCCUGCCUGUACUACUGCCAUACAUUUUUAGUAUGGUACCGCAACUCAGACUGGAUCGUGCACACUGGGUUUGUGAUUUUUGAGUUGACUCAAAUGGUACCGCAACUCUGAGACACGGUCUUGCACACUGGGUUGGGUAGAACUUAAAACCUGCUUCUGCUUAUGCCUACCUGUCUGCCUC